UUGGCUGAAAAAACAACAAAGGUUAAGAAGAGAGCCUGUAGAGAGAGAGAGAGAGAGAGAGAGAGAGUAAGAAAUCUGAUGGGGAAGAGAAAAGAGCGUCGUUUCGCCGCCAUGAAUAGCACCGGCCGUCGUGUCAAGCUUGAUCUCUUUGCGGAACCCUCUGGAGAUUUGGGUGGCUCAGAUGUGCGUGAUGGAGUUGAGCGGGAACAACAACAAACAGAGCCUAAUGAGUUACCCAAUUCACCUUCUUCUUCAGGUCAGAAAACAGAAAACCCUUUACUUUUACUUGGGCAGUACAGUGAUGAUGAGGUGGAAGAAGAUGCCACUGCAGUUAGUUCCUUAGUCAAUAAAAAAGAGCAGGUUGAUGGAUUAAUUCAAGAAGGAGCCAAAGAUACAAAUGUUGGAUCAGGUGCAGACACCACUAUGCAGAUGGCUGACCAACAGCAGACAGGGGAGGAUUCUUCUGCACUUGAGUUUAGAGUUGAAGGAGAAAGUGGUUUUGACACAGUGACUAACUCAACAAUCUUGGAUGGAUUAAAUAAGCAGACAGUUCCCUCAGUUCAAGCAUCUGGCAGCGUGUCUUUGGAGCACCAUGCUCCCACAGAUGUUACUUCGCAGUGGAAGAUGAUUUUGCAUGAGGAGAGCAAUCAGUAUUACUACUGGAAUACAGAAACUGGGGAAACUUCGUGGGAAAUUCCUGCAGUUUUGACUCAAACUGUCAGUGCAUAUGGGACAGGCUACAAUGAGUCUGGGCCCAUGGUUACAGAUGUGUCCACCUUGAUUUCUGGUGUUGAACCAAGCUAUUUGCUACCCGUGCAAAAUAGUUUCACAGGAACUGACUGUUCGACUUUUCCAACUGUUGCGCUGGAUGAGAGAAACAAAAGUGAAGAUCUAUAUGUCAAGAGUUUAAGAACUGAUGGUCAUCAGGUUGAAUGUCGGACAGACUCUGUUGUUAAUACCCAACUAUGUCAGGAGGACCUUGCGAGGCCAGAAAUUUCAGAUCAUGUGCAUACUAACUUUGAUACAGAAACGGCUACUGACCUCCCAUCUCGCUUGUUGAGUCAAAGCGAAGGCUUACUGGAGAAGCUGAGGUCUCUGAAGAGGUCGCAUGGCAACUUUCACAGCAAUGAGCAGAUAUCAAAGUACAUUCUAGAGGUUGAAGUCAGACAUUCUGAUAGAUAUUGACAUGGAUGUUGAUAUGGAGGUUGAAGAAUCAGUCCCAGUGUCUUAUGUUCAAGUGAUAGAUGCUUCUGAUGGUAAGAUGGUCAGAACAGAGCCAUCAAACCUUCAAACAGAUGUUCCACCACCUCCCGGUGAGGAAUGGAUUCCGCCGCCGCCGUCUGAGAGUGAAGAUGUUCCUCUACCGCCACCAGACAGUUAUAGUGAACCAAUUCCUCCACCACCUGAAAAUGGCGAUGUUCCUCCAUCUUUAUCCAGUGACUCUCUGGGAGUUCCCUACAGCGUACCUCAAUCUUAUAUGCAGCAAUCUUCUGAUUAUGCGACACAAUACAGCUUAUCCUAUCCAGAGUCCAAUUAUCAAUAUAUUGGCAAUGCUGUUGCUCUAGAUCCCAACACUCAGUUCUAUGGCCAUGUUGACGGAUCGCAAGUUUCUGUUCCCCAGUCGACAUAUUAUUAUGAAACUGUUCCUGGUACAAGUGAAGGUUCUCCUGCAGCUGCCAGUGCCAGUGAAGCUUAUUACAAUUACAAUGGUGCAGCUCCGCUGUUUCCUGUCAUUAGCUCUGUGCAGUCAUCGCUGUAUCACAGUGGAGUUGCUUCUGCUAAUUACAACAUUCCAAGCAAUUCUUCUACAGUUGCAGUGCCUAGUUCAAGAUCCAGCGACUCCGCUGAGAUUGCAUCUUUGGGAACUGCUUGUCAAUCCACAGACGUUGCAGGUGGAUCGUCUCUGUUAGCAAAAGCUCAAACCAAAGUGAAACGGCCUAAAAAGCGGACAGUGGGUGCUACUACAUCCACAUUGAGGUCAAAUAAAAAGGUUUCGAGUUUGGUUGACAAGUGGAAAGCUGCGAAAGAGGAGCUAAACGAUAGUGAAGAAGAAGAUGAUUACGGAAUCCUAGAUAGAAAAAGACAACGAGAAAUCGAAGAAUGGAAAUCCCGACAAAUUGCGAGUGGAGAGGCUAAAGACAACGCAAAUUUCCAACCCAUCGUUGGUGACUGGCGAGAGAAAGUGAAACGGAAGAAAGAACGAGCCGAGAAGUCUCAGAAGAAAGAACAAGCUGAGAAGUCUCAGAACAAAUCUGACGAGAAGUCUAAGAAAGUUGACGAGAAGCAGCAAAAACCUGAUCUAACCAACUUCUCCACAAAUCUUCCCUCUGGAUGGCUGGCGUACUGGGAUGAAUCUACCAAGAAAGUUUACUAUGGGAAUACAAGUACAUCUCAAACUAGUUGGACACGACCCACUACCUGAAUCUCAACUGCUUUCUCGACCCAAUUUUUACUAUUUUUUUCUGAGAUACAUUAGUUUGAGUUUUUCUUCUCUUAUCAUAAUGUAAAUUUACUACACAGAGGUAGUGUUGUAUGUCCCAUACUGGUGGAAUGAUCAUUGUACUAUUUCCCAAUGCUAACGUAAUACUAUUUAUAAUUUGUUCUCUU